CCAAUUGUGACACAGAGAGGCGGGGCCAACGCCGUGACACCGGUCACGCAUUGCCGUCGCCUCUAACUGAUACGUUUUAAACUAGAAUGGCGACCGCUCUCUGCGGUUUGCAGUCCACGGCCAGUAACAGCAAACCGGCAAAGACGCACCGAGAGCACCGGAGGAAAGUCAAGGACUCCAGGCGGAGGCAGGCGGCUCUUUUGUUUCUUACCAAUAUCUCGCUGGACGGGCGGCCUCGUUCCAAUAUUAACGAUGGAAGUAACAGCCAGAAAGCUGCCGAGGAGCCGCGACUUAGCGGCGGAGACGGCGGCGCGGCCGUCGUGCCCGCGCCUCCGGCGAGUCAAGCCCCGCUCGCCCCGGUGACAGAGCCCGCCGCAGCCGGUGGCGGCUCGUCCUCCAGUGCCGCGGGGCUGGUGAGCCCUGCUCGGCCUCCCUCGGUAACGUCUCCGGGACCCGCCGCCGGUGCCGUGGGGGCCAACGAGGUGUUUCUGGAGAGUGGAAGUGCGGCCGAGGCGCUGACGCCGGACACCCCUCUGUCGCCGGUGCCCACCGGCCACCAGCACUGCUCCCGUGUCCGGUCCACGCCGGCAGCCCUGAGCUCGGCCGGGACCGGAACCGGUACCGGCACCUCUAUAGACACACGACAAAGGCUGAGGAACGUCUCCGGUUCUCCUGGACCCAAGGUGCCCAAGAAAGUCCACUUCAUCAAGAGUAUGAGGCAAUAUGACACCAGAGGAUGCAGGAUCAUGCUGAUUUGUGCCAAGCGGUCGUUAUGUGCUGCUUUCUCAGUGCUGCCCUAUGGACAGAGUGCUCACACCAGUGAUCCGAAGCUGGAGGCUCAGAGACAAAGGCUUUCCUCUGUGGUGGCUGUUGAUCUACUUCCUGCGCUGGAAGGUGUGGAGUUAGGCGCUUAUGGCAAGACGGUGUCAUACGCUCGCUUCCUUUAUCCAACCAAUGCUUUGAUGAGGCCGAAGAGCAGCAGCGGAGUGCCAGAGAACUGCACGGCUCAGGCCUCGCAGGCGGGUCUCCGUGGCAACAGUCAGAGGACCUUCACCCCUGCUCGUCUGAAUAACACUGUAGCACAGGACCCAUAUGUCGAGGAGGUGGCAGAGUAUGACCCCAACCUGCUCAGCGACCCACAGUGGCCGUGUGGUCGCCACAAGAGAGUUCUGAUAUUUGCCUCAUAUGUGACGACUGUUAUCGAAUAUGUGAAACCUUCUGACUUAAAGAAGGACAUGAAUGAGACUUUCAGAGAGAAGUUUCCUCACAUUAAGCUGACACUGAGCAAGAUAAGAAGUCUGAAGAGAGAAAUGCGUGCUGUGAGCGAGGAGUGUGGUCUUCAGCCGGUGACUACAUCUAUGGCUUUUGUUUACUUUGAGAAGCUGGUGCUGCAGGGCCGCCUCAACAAGCAGAACAGGAAGCUAGUGGCUGCAGCUUGUGUACUGCUGGCUGCAAAGAUCAGCAGUGAUCUGCGGAAGCCAGAAGUCAAGCAGCUCAUUGACAAGCUGGAGGAGCGUUUCCGUAUCAACAGACGGGACUUAAUUCCUCUGGAGUUCUCGGUGCUGGUUGCCUUGGAGAUGGGACUUUAUCUCCCUGAGAGUAUGGUCAUGCCACACUACCGCAGACUGGUGCAGCAGGGUUAAAUAGGACGUGAUGUCUGACACUGCUGGUUUCAGUAAUAACACCAGCAAGCGUGUGUGUGUGUGUGUGUGUGUGUGCGCGCGCGUGUGCAGUAAAGUAAUGUGGACUGACCAUGUGUAUGUAUUGACCAGUUUAUAAGCUGUGCUGUUCGAAUCUAACAAGUCUGUUGUAUUUAUUUCCUGUCAGUGUCACUCACUCUGUGUAAACAAGAUGUAGUUUACCCAGACGUUUUGGCCUCGGUGGCGCAUGUGUGUAUCUGACUGUCUUUUUGUAAGUGUGAUGUCAUGAGCUCUAUGUUAGAGAUGUUCAAUGAGCACGUUAAGUGUGCUUUUGCAUCCUCCUGUUUGGUACAGAUUCGUCACCUGUGAUUAAUAAUAUGACUCUUAUGUGGUGAUAUGGCAAACUUGCACCUUUGUCAUUACUAUACAGCCUGUAUAGUAAUGUUGAUUUUCUAAAAAUCUUUUAAUCCACUGUGACAUUGAAACCUUUUAGUCAUUUGACUUAAACAUGAAACUGCAGACUGUGCGUGAACAUGAUUUUUAGAGCAGUAAGUGGCCUUUAAUUUAUUUGUACUGUAUCAGCCGCAUGUGUGUAGUUAAAGUAGCUGGUUAUUGAAUAGAAAGAUGAUGACAAUAAUCAUAUGGCAGGUCUGUGGUAUUGGUUUAGAAAGUGUGCUAAUAUACUGUCAUACUACUGUGGUGUCACAUAAAAGGAAACGUUUGUUUCCGGGGAUAUCCUUUUUGGUAAAUGCACUGGUAUUUAUUUUAUAACGUUUGUAUUUUAAUUUCUCAGGAAUUCUUACGUUGUCAUAUCUUUGAAUGGCUCAUUAAGUCUAACCCAAAGAGAAACUUAGAGCAGAUGAAACCGUAGCGGUCGCUGUGAAAACGCGCUUCUUUUUUGUACAAAUGUCACGUUAUGGAUCCGACUGCAGUACUCGUCACAGUUUUGUGCCAUUAAGUGUCAAAGAAUGGAAAAAGUGCCUGAAGCUACAGUGGCAGUGAAAUGGUUAACAGUCUUAUCUUAAGUGAUAUUUAACGUUGACAUUUCGUCUUGCAGUUGUAGACGUUUAAAUGUUGAGCAUCUUGUCCUGGACGGAUAAAAUGGUUCAGUUUUCUCUAGGUGUUUGAGUGUAACUGCAGAAAUCUGUAUGUGUGGUUGGUGUCACAUUGGUAAAUAUUCGUUGUUUACAUACUGUGAAAUGAAUGUUUUUGAAAUAUAUUUUCAGCACUGAAA